AUGUCGACGCAAAUCACUCUUGCCGAGUAUCUCUUCUAUCGCCUCCGGGAUGCUGGUGUUCUGGCAGUACAUGGGGUACCUGGAGAUUAUAACCUCACUCUACUCGAUCAUGUCGUCCCAUGUGGUCUGGAAUGGGUCGGAAACUGCAACGAGCUGAACGCCGGGUACGCAGCCGAUGGAUACGCUCGAAUCAAAGGAAUCGGCGCUUUGAUCACAACAUUUGGUGUGGGAGAGCUGUCUGCCAUCAAUGCGAUCGCUGGUGCUUAUGCUGAAAUGGCACCCGUGGUGCACAUUGUUGGAACUCCGGACCGAAAGCUACAGUCUUCAGGCACCCGUCUUCACCACUCAUUGUGCAGAGGCACGCCGCGUGACUUUGAGCUCUUCGCCGAAAUGUAUGAAAAAGUCACAGUCGCGCAGGAGAAUUUGAUUAAUCUCUCCACGGCUCCUAUGCAGAUUGACCGAGCUAUUCGUGAAUGCGUUGUUCAGUCCCGACCUGUCUAUAUCCGAGUACCAAUGGAUAUGGUCAAUGAGAUGGUACCUAGAACUCGCUUCAAUCGAUCUAUGAUGGUACCUGAUACUCUCUGCUAUGGAGCGGCCACUCUAUCCCCGCAUCCAAAUGAGCCUUUGUUCGAAGAAGAAAUCGCGGACCAGAUCGUCCACCGCAUCAGAAAAGCCAAGCAACCAUUGAUCCUGGUAGACGCCGGCACCUCGCGGUUCGGAAUGUCUGAGCAGGUACAUGAGCUGGCAAAAGUCACUGGGUUUCCCACCGCAACAACACCUUUCGGAAAGGGAAUUAUCGAUGAGGGUCUGCCCAAUUUCCAUGGAAUUUAUGCACCCAUCGGGAAAACGAACUAUGUCUCCUAUGUGGAGGCCUGCGAUCUCAUCAUCAAUAUCGGGCCCAUGCAUAGCAAUGUGAACACCUACUAUUUUACGACUGUUCCAAAGGAGGAUAUUUCUAUCGUCUUUGAGCAAAAUCACGUUAUGAUUGGAUCUUGCGCACAGAAUCUGAAGCCGAAAUCGCUACUUCAACAAGUACUGGAUAACUUGGCUCGUGAUGGUAUCACCCCAUUUGCCCCUUAUCCGGAUCUGCCACGGAUAGCUCUUAAUCCGAAGAUUUUUGACAUUGAUCGGGACUCCGAGCUCACGCAAGAUGUCUUCUGGUCACGAAUCUCAACUUUCUUCCGUUCUGGCGAUAUCAUCUUGACUGAAACUGGGACAUCUAGCGUUGGAGGACGAGACAUGGUGUUACCAAAAGGCACGACUCUAAUAAACUCGAGUGUUUGGCUGUCAAUCGGAUACACACUUGCAGCGGCACAAGGCGCUGUCCUCGCUCAACGACAUCUCGCCACAUCCACGUCUUCUCCCUCCGGUAGAACUAUCUUGUUUGAGGGGGAUGGCAGUUUCCAGAUGACUGUGCAAGAGAUUAGUACGAUCAUUCGCAAGAAGCUUGAUGUGAUCAUUUUCAUCGUCAACAAUAACGGAUACACCAUUGAGCGUCUCAUCCACGGCCCAGAGCAACAUUAUAAUGAUGUCGCUGCCUGGAAGUAUCUCGACUCUCCUUCUUAUUUUGGCGCAAACUGCGAUACCGAGUAUCCCAUUUUUACAGCAAGUGCAAAGACAUGGCGUGAAUUGGAUUCCAUUACGAAUCAAACGACGUUCAAAGAUGGACGUGGGCUUCGCAUCGUGGAGUUGACGAUGGAAUACAAGGAUUGCACUCAAAAUAUGAAGGACCUUCUUGGAAUGUACACCAAGGAGGAGUAA